AUGGCUCCCCUCCGACCAACAGUUUUUACCUUCAAGUCCUUCUUCGCCCCGGGCCUCGCAAAACCCCACACCCUCACCUCCUUCCACUCCAUCGUCAGUCAUGGCGCCCGUACGCGAGCCCAGCAGGCACCACGCCCUCUCCUAGCACUCCCCACUACCUUCAAAUCCGCCUUCUCGAGCACCAGCAUCCGCUCCGAAUGGGAAAGAAACUACUACGAGAUCCUCGGUGUCCCCGUCACAGCCACCGCAGCCGAAAUAAAAGGCAAAUUCUACCGCCUAUCCAUGACACACCACCCCGACCGAAACCCCGGCGACCAAGCAGCCGGCAGGCGCUUCGCCUCAAUCAGCGCAGCCUGGAACGUCCUUGGCGACGCGGAGAAACGCGCAGCCUACGACCGAGAGAACGGCUUCCACCGCACCCAAUUCGCUCAUAACAGUCCUCCGUCUGGGAGUCACAGCAGCCACAGCGCGGGCGUGCCGAAGGGCGGGUCCUACGCUGGCUCUAGACCUGCUAGUGGUCUGAGUAAACGGCGCGGAACCUUCACGGGGCCGCCGCCGAGUUUCUAUGCUCAGGGUGGGUAUGGAGGGACUGGGCGGACGACGCCUGAGGGCUCAUUUGAUAGUGCGUUUGGGUUUGGGAAUGUGGCUGGUGGUGGGGGGUUUGGUCAGGCAAAGGCUGGGUUUGAGGAUCCUGAGGACCCUGAGGGGUUUAUUCGCAGGAAUCCAUUGCAUUAUUUUAAUGCACGUGGGCAUUUUCGCACUCAGCAGGCUGAGGAUAGUCGACGUGGUCAGCGACGAAGUGAGGCUCAGCAGGCUGCUAUGCGGCAGCGACAGGCGGAGGGCGGUUCGGCCAGCCCGAUCAAUAAUAUACUAGGGUAUCUUGUGUUUGCUUGGAUAACGUUGUUCGUUAUCUGGCUUGAGGAGAAACUUCGUGAUCGGAGGGAUAAAAAGAGGUUGCAGAAGGAGGUUGUUGGGGGGCAUAAGUUGCAUAAGGCUUGA